AUGUCAACAAAGCGCUGGAAAACACCAAUCGAUGAAUUAAAGAAUAGACCGUUUCCUAAGACGGCGGGCUGUCUGAUAAUUGGGGAUGAGAUUUUAAACGGCAAGACGCUUGAUACGAACUCGAAUUUCUUUGGUUAUCACAUUGAAGUCUAUGUAAAAACAUGUUUGAAUGAUUCAUUUACAUUCUUGAUAUCAGCCAAGUUCUGUUUUAAUCUUGGGAUUGAUUUGAAGCGGAUCGAGGUCAUUCCGGAUGAUGAAGAGACUAUUGUCGAAGCAGCAAAACGCUUAAGCAGUUCUUACGACAUGGUAGUUACGAGCGGUGGAAUAGGUUCAACUCACGAUGACAUUACCUAUCCAUCUCUCGCUCGCGCAUUUAAUCUCUCUUUAGUCCAUCACCAGCCAACGUUGGACCGAAUGGUAAUAUUUAAAUCCGAACCAAAUGAAGAGGCUGUUAUCGCCCGCAAACGCAUGGCGCUCUUUCCAACGCCCUCAAUCGUUGUCUACCCUCUGGAAGAAUACUGGGUUCCCAUUGUUAUUGUCAAUGAAAACGUUCACAUACUUCCUGGUCUCCCUAGUUUGUUCCAGAGUCUCUUAUCAGAAUAUGCUAAAUAUUUGAAUAGUGUAGAGGAUAAUGGCUUUGUGAGAACUUUUGUGAAAGCCACCCAGCAAGAAUCUUUUAUUGCUCCUGUUCUUAGCAGAGUUCAGGAGGACGUGAAGGGGAUGGAUGUAAAGGUGGGUAGUUAUCCAAAAUGGAAGGGCAGUAGGCGGUGGGUUAUCGUUAGUUUUCUGACAAGAAGAAAGCAAAAAGAGCUUGUCGAAAGAUUGGCAAAAGAAGUUGCGAAGGAGAUUAAUGGAGUUGUUGUUGAUAGUUCGGAUGAUUGA